AUGGUUCAGACACUAGAAGCUAUCAAGGGUGGGGGAGGAUCCAUCAGAGUUGGAGCCACAGGGACAAUAAGUUCUCUGAUGACAAGGGAAUUGGAUUCCAUCAAAUCUUCACCUCGGAGGCCUGUAUCUUUCAGAAGUAAACCUGGAGCAGUACCUCUUUCAGAUCCCUGUGCUGCUUCAGCUCCUAAAAGAGUACAACCAAGAAAGUCAUCUGAUGAGGCAAGCAGCAGCUGCAUUGAUCAAAGAAGCCCUGAGAUUACCAGGAAAACAAAAAGCUACACUAGAAAUACCCAUCGAAUACCAAUGCUCGGCUCUGAUAGUAUUGCUCUAGAUAGGACUCCUAUUAGGGAGAAAACUGACAAGAAAGGAAGUAACAUAGUUGAAAUUGUGGACAUAAAGUGUGGGAACCAGGAUAGAGCAUGGGCUAGCCCUAUAACAAACCGUCUCAAGAAGCUGGGUUUCUCGAAGCUGUCGGAGAGCAUUAUCUAAGCCUGCAACUUCUUCAGAUCGGAUUUAAGGUUCCUGUAACUGAAACCAGAAGUCCCAGUUGGCCUAUUGUUGUCUGCAACUUCCACCAUAGAACAUAUACUUGGUAGGAGCCUGCUGCCUUUCUUUUUCUUCUUUUGGCUUGCUAUCACAGAUUCAAAGGUGGGUCUAGAAUGAGUACUUGAGGAAGCCAUGUCUGUAAUAUGGAAUUGAGGCUUCUGUGAGCUACCUUGGCAGCUUAAUUCAAGCUGGUUGAAGUACUUGAUUUCUUUCAUUAUAAGGGAUCCAACGGUGCCUUUAGUACCUAUUUCUACAGGACUAUGUGCAGCUAUUUCUUCAGGGAUUUUUGUGGCUAUGGUGCUGGAUUUAUACAUGUUUUGUUUGGUUGGUGUCAAGAAGGAGGCUUGUGGCUGAAGGGAGGUGGAUUUGCGUCUUGUCUUGAUAGGGAAGUUGCUCUGAGUCUGGGUCAUUUGGCUUUGCUUUGUACCUGGUGUUUCACUUGAAUUCUUUACCUUUGGUCCUUUUAUUAAAAGUGAAGAGCGUUGGCCUGGUUGGAGGAU